CGCCAUGGCCCGCCUGACGGAGAGCGAGGCGCGCCGGCAGCAGCAACAGCUCCUGCAGCCGCGGCCCUCGCCUGUGGGCAGCAGCGGGCCGGAGCCCCCCGGGGGCCAGCCCGACGGCAUGAAGGACCUGGACGCCAUCAAGCUCUUCGUGGGCCAGAUCCCGCGCAACCUGGACGAGAAGGACCUCAAGCCGCUUUUCGAGCAGUUUGGCCGCAUCUACGAGCUGACGGUGCUCAAAGAUCCCUACACGGGCAUGCACAAAGGCUGUGCCUUCCUCACCUACUGUGCCAGGGACUCUGCCAUCAAAGCUCAGUCCGCUCUGCACGAACAGAAGACCUUGCCCGGGAUGGCGCGGCCGAUCCAGGUGAAGCCUGCGGACAGUGAGAGCCGCGGAGGUAGGGACCGGAAGCUGUUUGUGGGCAUGCUGAACAAGCAGCAGUCGGAGGAGGACGUGCUGCGGCUCUUCCAGCCCUUCGGGGUCAUCGACGAGUGCACGGUGCUCCGGGGACCCGACGGCAGCAGCAAAGGCUGUGCCUUCGUGAAGUUUUCUUCUCACACAGAGGCGCAAGCGGCCAUCCAUGCCUUGCAUGGUAGCCAGACUAUGCCAGGCGCCUCCUCGAGCCUGGUGGUCAAGUUUGCAGACACGGACAAGGAGCGAACGCUGCGGCGCAUGCAGCAGAUGGUGGGCCAGCUGGGCAUCCUGACGCCCUCCCUCACUCUGCCCUUCAGCCCCUACAGUGCCUACGCCCAGGCUCUCAUGCAGCAGCAGACGACAGUCCUUUCCACCUCGGGCAGCUACUUGAGCCCCAGCAUGGCCUUCUCACCCUGCCACAUCCAGCAGAUUGGCGCUGUCAGCUUGAAUGGGCUGCCUGCCACGCCCAUUGCUCCUGCCUCUGGGCUGCACUCGCCCCCACUGCUUGGCACUGCCGCUGUGCCAGGUCUAGUGACGCCCAUCACCAACGGCUUUGCAGGUGUUGUGCCCUUUCCUGGAGGGCACCCGGCCCUGGAGACCGUGUAUGCCAAUGGCCUCGUGCCCUACCCAGCUCAGAGCCCCACCGUGGCGGAGACCCUCCAUCCUGCCUUCUCUGGAGUCCAGCAGUACACAGCCAUGUACCCCACCGCGGCCAUCACGCCCAUCGCGCACAGCGUGCCCCAGCCACCGCCCCUCCUACAGCAGCAGCAGCGAGAAGGUCCCGAAGGCUGUAACCUGUUUAUCUACCACCUCCCCCAGGAGUUUGGAGACACGGAGCUGACCCAGAUGUUCCUGCCCUUCGGCAAUAUCAUCUCCUCCAAGGUGUUUAUGGAUCGGGCCACCAACCAGAGCAAGUGUUUCGGCUUCGUGAGCUUUGACAACCCCGCCAGCGCGCAGAGCGCCAUCCAGGCCAUGAACGGCUUCCAGAUCGGCAUGAAGAGGCUCAAGGUGCAGCUGAAACGGCCCAAAGACCCGGGACACCCCUACUGACCUGCCCACAGCCGCACCCGAGGCUGCGGGCCUGGCCCAG